CCGGGCUGAGGAGCGGAGAGAGCGGGGCGCGGAGUGCGGGCGGCUGGGAGCGCGCUGAGCGGGGGAGAGGCGCUGCCGCACGGCCGGCCACAGGACCACCUCCCCGGAGAAAAGGGCCUCUUUAUGGCAUGUGGCUGGUAACUUUACUCCUGCUCCUGGACUCUUUACACAAAGCCCGCCCAGAAGAUGUCGGCACCAGCCUCUACUUUGUAAAUGACUCCUUGCAGCAGGUGACCUUUUCCAGCUCCGUGGGGGUGGUGGUGCCCUGCCCGGCUGCGGGCUCCCCCAGCGCGGCCCUUCGAUGGUACCUGGCUACGGGGGACGACAUCUACGACGUGCCGCACAUCCGGCACGUCCACGCCAACGGGACGCUGCAGCUCUACCCCUUCUCCCCCUCCGCCUUCAAUAGCUUUAUCCACGACAAUGACUACUUCUGCACCGCGGAGAAUGCUGCCGGCAAGAUCCGGAGCCCCAACAUCCGCGUCAAAGCAGUUUUCAGGGAACCCUACACCGUCCGGGUGGAGGAUCAAAGGUCGAUGCGUGGAAGCGUGGCCGUCUUCAAGUGCCUCAUCCCCUCUUCAGUGCAGGAAUACGUUAGCGUUGUGUCCUGGGAAAAAGACACAGUCGCCAUCAUCCCAGAAAACAGGUUUUUUAUUACUUCCCACGGCGGGCUGUACAUCUCUGACGUGCAGAAGGAGGACGCCCUCUCCACCUACCGCUGCAUCACCAAGCACAAGUACAGUGGGGAGACCCGGCAGAGCAACGGAGCCCGCCUCUCCGUGACAGACCCUGCCGAGUCAAUCCCCACCAUCCUGGACGGCUUCCAUUCCCAGGAAGUGUGGGCCGGCCACACCGUGGAGCUGCCCUGCACCGCCUCUGGCUACCCCAUCCCUGCCAUCCGCUGGCUCAAGGAUGGCCGACCCCUCCCAGCCGACAGCCGCUGGACCAAGCGCAUCACGGGGCUGACCAUCAGUGACCUGCGGACCGAGGACAGCGGCACCUACAUUUGUGAGGUCACCAACACCUUCGGCUCUGCAGAGGCCACAGGCACCCUCACGGUCAUUGACCCCCUUCAUGUGACCCUGACACCAAAGAAGCUGAAGACCGGCAUUGGCAGCACGGUCAUCCUCUCCUGCACCCUGAUGGGCUCCCCAGAGUUCAGCAUCCGCUGGUACCGCAACACCGAGCUGGUGCUGCCCAACGAGGCCAUCUCCAUCCGUGGGCUCAGCAACGAGACCCUGCUCAUCACCUCGGCCCAGAAGAGCCACUCUGGGGCCUACCAGUGCUUCGCCACCCGCAAGGCCCAGACCGCCCAGGACUUCGCCAUCAUCGUGCUCGAGGACGGCACGCCCCGCAUCGUCUCGUCCUUCAGCGAGAAGGUGGUCAACCCCGGGGAGCAGUUCUCACUGAUGUGCGCGGCCAAGGGCGCCCCGCCCCCCACUGUCACCUGGGCCCUGGAUGACGAGCCCAUCGUGCGAGACGGAAGCCACCGCACCAACCAGUACACCAUGUCCGACGGCACCACCAUCAGCCACAUGAAUGUCACGGGGCCCCAGAUCCGCGACGGGGGCGUGUACCGGUGCACCGCACGGAACUCGGUGGGCAGUGCUGAAUAUCAGGCGCGAAUAAACGUAAGAGGCCCCCCCAGCAUCCGGGCGAUGAGGAACAUCACAGCUGUCGCUGGGAGGGACACCCUUAUCAACUGCAGGGUCAUCGGCUACCCCUACUACUCGAUCAAGUGGUACAAGGAUGCCCUGCUGCUGCCUGACAACCACCGCCAGGUGGUGUUUGAGAACGGGACCCUCAAGCUGACGGAUGUGCAGAAGGGCAUGGACGAAGGGGAGUACCUGUGCAGCGUCCUCAUCCAGCCCCAGCUCUCCAUCAGCCAGAGUGUCCACGUGGCCGUCAAAGUGCCCCCUCUAAUCCAGCCCUUCGAGUUCCCACCUGCCUCCAUCGGCCAGCUGCUCUACAUCCCCUGCGUGGUGUCCUCGGGGGACAUGCCCAUCCGUAUCACCUGGAGGAAAGACGGACAGGUGAUCAUCUCAGGCUCGGGCGUGACCAUCGAGAGCAAGGAAUUCAUGAGCUCCCUGCAGAUCUCCAGCGUCUCCCUCAAGCACAAUGGCAACUACACGUGCAUCGCCAGCAAUGCAGCGGCCACCGUGAGCAGGGAGCGCCAGCUCAUCGUGCGCGUGCCCCCUCGAUUUGUGGUGCAGCCCAACAACCAGGAUGGCAUCUAUGGCAAAGCUGGUGUGCUCAACUGCUCGGUGGACGGCUACCCACCACCCAAGGUCAUGUGGAAGCAUGCCAAGGGGAGCGGGAACCCCCAGCAGUACCACCCAGUGCCCCUCACCGGCCGCAUUCAGAUCCUGCCCAACAGCUCGCUGCUGAUCCGCCACGUCCUGGAGGAGGACAUCGGCUACUACCUCUGCCAGGCCAGCAACGGCGUGGGCACCGACAUCAGCAAGUCCAUGUUCCUCACCGUUAAGAUCCCGGCCAUGAUCACCUCCCACCCCAACACCACCAUCGCCAUCAAGGGCCAUGCCAAGGAGCUCAACUGCACCGCGCGGGGAGAGCGGCCCAUCAUCAUCCGCUGGGAGAAGGGGGACACGGUCAUCGACCCGGACCGUGUCAUGCGGUAUGCCAUCGCCACCAAGGACAACGGCGACGAGGUUGUCUCCACGCUGAAGGCCAAGCUUCCUGCUGCCAUCCUCACUGCUGCCCCCUUCCCCUGCCACAUCUCAGAGCCCCCCGACCCCCCAGAGCUGGAGAUCCGGGAGGUGAAGGCCCGGAGUAUGAACCUGCGCUGGACCCAGCGAUUCGACGGGAACAGCAUCAUCACGGGCUUUGACAUUGAAUACAAGAACAAAUCAGAUUCGUGGGACUUCAAGCAAUCUACACGUAACAUCUCCCCGACCAUCAACCAGGCCAACAUCGUGGACUUGCACCCAGCAUCUGUGUACAGCAUCCGCAUGUACUCCUUCAACAAGAUUGGUCGCAGUGAACCAAGCAAGGAGCUCACCAUCAGCACUGAAGAGGCUGCUCCUGAUGGGCCCCCCAUGGAUGUAACCUUGCAGCCAGUGACCUCACAGAGCAUCCAGGUGACCUGGAAGGCACCCAAGAAGGAGCUGCAGAAUGGAGUCAUCCGGGGCUACCAGAUCGGCUACAGAGAGAACAGCCCUGGCAGCAAUGGGCAGUACAGCAUCGUGGAGAUGAAGGCCACCGGGGACAGUGAGGUUUACACCCUGGACAACCUCAAGAAGUUCGCCCAAUAUGGGGUGGUGGUCCAGGCCUUCAAUCGGGCUGGCACGGGGCCCUCAUCCAGCGAGAUCAAUGCCACCACCCUGGAGGAUGUGCCUAGCCAGCCCCCCGAGAACGUCCGGGCCCUGUCCAUCACUUCCGACGUGGCCGUCAUCUCCUGGUCAGAGCCCCCGCGCAGCACCCUCAAUGGUGUCCUCAAAGGCUAUCGGGUCAUCUUCUGGUCACUCUACGUUGAUGGGGAGUGGGGCGAGAUGCAGAACAUCACCACCACACGGGAGCGGGUGGAGCUGCGAGGCAUGGAGAAGUUCACCAACUACAGCGUGCAGGUGCUGGCCUACACCCAGGCCGGGGACGGCGUGCGCAGCAGCGUGCUCUACAUCCAGACCAAGGAGGAUGUUCCAGGUCCCCCCGCUGGCAUCAAAGCUGUCCCUUCAUCUGCUAGCAGUGUGGUCGUGUCAUGGCUCCCCCCUACCAAGCCCAACGGGGUGAUCCGCAAGUACACCAUCUUCUGCUCCAGCCCUGGGUCUGGCCAGCCGGCUCCCAGCGAAUAUGAGACGAGUCCAGAGCAGCUCUUCUACCGGAUCGCCCACCUAAACCGUGGGCAGCAGUACCUGCUGUGGGUGGCCGCCGUCACCUCCGCCGGCCGGGGCAACAGCAGCGAGAAGGUGACCAUCGAGCCUGCUGGCAAGGCCCCAGCAAAGAUCAUCUCCUUUGGGGGCACUGUGACAACACCCUGGAUGAGAGAUGUCCGGCUGCCUUGCAAUUCCGUGGGAGAUCCAGCCCCUGCUGUGAAGUGGACCAAGGACAGUGAAGACUCGGCCAUCCCCGUGUCCAUGGACGGCCACCGGCUCAUCCACACCAACGGCACGUUGCUGCUGCGCGCAGUGAAGGCUGAGGACUCGGGCUACUACACCUGCACGGCCACCAACACCGGGGGAUUCGACACCAUCAUCGUCAACCUUCUGGUGCAAGUUCCCCCGGACCAGCCCCGCCUCACUGUCUCCAAAACCUCUGCUUCAUCCAUCACCCUGACCUGGAUUCCAGGUGACAAUGGGGGCAGCUCCAUCCGAGGCUUCGUGCUUCAGUACUCAGUGGACAACAGCGAGGAGUGGAAGGACGUGUUUGUCAGCUCAAGUGAGCGGUCCUUCAGGCUGGACAGCCUCAAGUGUGGCACGUGGUACAAGGUGAAGCUGGCAGCCAAGAACAGCGUGGGCUCCGGGCGCAUCAGCGAGAUCAUCGAGGCCAAGACCCACGGGCGCGAGCCCUCCUUCAGCAAAGACCAGCACCUCUUCACCCACAUCAACUCCACGCAUGCUCGGCUCAACCUGCAGGGCUGGAACAACGGGGGCUGCCCCAUCACAGCCAUCAUGCUGGAGUACCGGCCCAAGGGCACCUGGGCCUGGCAGGGCCUGCGCGCCAACAGCUCCGCCGAGGUGUUUCUGACCGAGCUGCGAGAGGCCACGUGGUACGAGCUGCGCAUGAGGGCUUGCAACAGCGCUGGCUGCGGCAACGAGACUGCCCAGUUCGCCACCCUGGACUACGAUGGCAGCACCAUCCCGCCCAUCAAGUCUGCACAAGGCGAGGGGGAUGACGUGAAGAAGCUGUUCACCAUCGGCUGCCCGGUCAUCCUGGCCACACUGGGGGUGGCGCUGCUGUUCAUCGUGCGCAAGAAGAGGAAGGAGAAGCGGCUGAAGCGGCUCCGAGAUGCAAAGAGUUUGGCAGAAAUGUUGAUAAGCAAGAACAACCGAAGCUUUGACACCCCCGUGAAGGGGCCACCCCAGGGCCCGCGGCUACACAUUGAUAUCCCCAGGGUCCAGCUGCUCAUCGAGGACAAGGAGGGCAUCAAGCAGCUGGGAGAUGACAAGGCCACCAUCCCUGUGGCGGAUGCUGAGUUCAGCCAAGCUGUCAACCCUCAGAGUUUCUGCACCGGUGUCUCGUUGCACCACCCAGCCCUCAUCCAGAGCACAGGACCCCUCAUCGACAUGUCUGACAUCCGGCCAGGCACCAAUCCAGUGUCCAGGAAGAACGUAAAGUCAGCCCAUAGCACCCGGAACCGGUAUUCAAGCCAGUGGACUCUGACCAAGUGCCAGGCCUCCACACCCGCCCGCACCCUCACCUCCGACUGGCGCACUGUGGGCUCCCAGCAUGGUGUCACUGUCACUGAGAGUGACAGCUACAGUGCCAGCCUCUCCCAAGACACAGACAAAGGGAGGAACAGCAUGGUGUCCACUGAGAGUGCGUCUUCCACCUAUGAGGAGCUGGCCCGGGCCUAUGAGCACGCCAAACUGGAGGAGCAGCUGCAGCACGCCAAGUUUGAGAUCACCGAAUGCUUCAUCUCCGACAGCUCCUCCGAUCAGAUGACCACGGGCACCAACGAGAACGCUGACAGCAUGACAUCCAUGAGCACGCCCUCAGAGCCUGGCAUCUGCCGCUUCACCGCCUCCCCACCCAAGCCCCAGGAUGCUGACCGGGGCAAAAAUGUGGCUGUGCCCAUCCCUCAUCGGGCCAACAAGAGUGACUACUGCAACCUGCCCCUCUACGCCAAGUCGGAGGCCUUCUUCCGAAAAGCAGAGGGGCGCGAGCCCUGCCCCGUGGUCCCGCCUCGCGAGGCCUCCAUCAGGAACCUGGCUCGAACCUACCACCCCCAGGCUCGCCACCUGACCCUGGACCCUCCGGCCCCCAGCACCGAGCCUCCGCGGGCCGGGGGCCCACACACCAAAAUGGGGGGCUCCAGGGACUCGCUUCUCGAGAUGAGCACGUCGGGGGUAGGGAGACCUCAGAAGCAGGGGGCGGGGGCCUACUCCAAGUCCUACACCCUGGUGUAGGGGCCCGGCCGGGAGGGCAGCCCUGCGCUCGGACCUCCACGCCUCCAGCCCUCGCACACCAGCUCGCCUGGUUUCCUGCGUUAUUUAUAUUCAACUGACAGACAAAACCGACAAGGAAGAGAAACCCCCAAGUCAUGAACGCUUGUACAUAGAACUCUUUUGUACAAAUGAAACUAUUUUCUUCUUCUCCAUGAAGCCAGGGCACAAAGAAUUUGACAGUACGAGUCAAAUCCCCCACCACACACACAAAAUACGUGCGGAGAGAUAUAUACAUAUAUAGACAGAUAGGAACACAUGGACAAGCUAUGUAUCUAUAUAUUUCUCUCACCUUAUUUUGAGACAGAGGCACAAAGACUCAGCAAUUUUCCCCUCCUACUCACCCUCCCUCCAGUCUAGGUGGUUUUGACAAAGACCAAACUCCCAACUCAGAGACACUGCAUGCGAUUUUACUGUUCCAAGAAAACCAGGAGUUGCUUCAAUUUGCAGAUGCUUAUGUGUUAAUACCUUUUUCUAUGAAAAAAGACCCAGCGCGGUGUGCAAUAAAGGUUAUGUUUCUA